AUGGCGCUCACGGCCAUCUGCGAAAUGCUCAAGGAUAAGGCUGUCGUCGGUAGGAUGAACACACACACACACACACACACACAUACACACAAAGAGAGAGAGAGAGAGAGAGAGGACCAACCAGAAGCCCACUGUCUGUCUGCCCGUAUGUGUGUGUCCGCCAGAAAGGGUGCUGUCUCGCCAGAAAGGAGCUGUUCCAGCCGCUAUUGGACAUCUCCCUCCGCCCCGUGCAAGUGCGCUCCUUCACUUGACCGGCCUUGCCGACCUCCACGAGCGGGCGCAGAAGUUGCGGCAGGUCGCCAGGGACAGGCUGCAAAACACCAUCCCGCACUCGACCUUCCGGCUGUUCAAGGGCCUCCUGCCCACUGCAUGGGACUUCCAAACGGCCCGGCACUUCAUCUUCAGCUGGACGAGGGGGAUGAUGGAGAGAGAUCGACUACAUGCAGCUGCUCAGGGCGGUCUCGAUCAGCAUGAGCAGCCAUCUUGGCCAACUGAGAGGCAUCCGGAAGAGCCCCAAGCCGCCACCAGCACCACCACCACGCGCUCAUACCUCUCACUGUCGACAUUCACGCCCUCAUCCUGUCUGCCCUCCCGUUCGCUCAUCGGAAGGCCUGUGGCGGGUAGACGGUGCAGCGGAUGGUGACGUCGUGGGGCAAGUGGAUGAUGCACAAGAGCA